CGAGAAAACCAGUGAAAUAUUGGAAGACAAAUAGCCUAGAAAUCGAGAUCUCUGAGAUGGCGAGCAACCAAGAGCAGCAGAGCAGAAAGCCAGCUGAGGGCGAAGCAAAAGGGAAGGUGGAGGAAGGGCUGCCGAUGAAGGACAGUCCGUACCUGCAGUAUGAUAACCUGGAGGAUUACAAGCGCCAGGCAUAUGGAACAGAAGGCCACCAAAAGGUGGAGCCAGGGCGAGGUGCUGGCUCCACCGAAGCCCCCACCGUUUCCGGCGCCACUGUCUCCUCUCAGGGGAUGAUGGAUGAUGUUGAUUAUUCGAUGACCGUAGGCGUAGGGACGACUCCGGCAUUUUUCUUAAAAUGAAGACAUUAACAAUCAUAUUCUGGUCGCUCAACUUCUUCGUGUAUUGUAAUUACACACACACACAUAUAUAUAUAUAUGUGUGUGCGCGUGUGUGUGUUUAUCAAAUACAUUCCUUUAAUCAUUUUCUUA